UCCCAAACAUUCAGACCACCCAAGAAAAUCAUGAACUCGACUCUAGUCUUCUUCUCGUUCUUCCUCAUCUCUCUCUUCUGCUUAUCAGCUUUAGCUGAGACCUCUCAAGCUUCUGAUGGCUCCACCAUCUUGUUCACGACGAUGGGUAGCUCCACUUUCGAGUUCGACAUCUUCACCCUCCCCACCAGCCGUCGUCCUCCAUCUCCUUCCGAUGAGCACCGUCUCACCGACGGAAAAUCAAUCAACUUUAACGGCCACUUAGCGUCUCCUUCCCCGGCGCUAAUCUCCCUUCUUCCCAAUACAUCCGGGGUCCAACCACAAGACAAGACUCUUCUCCAUCUCAUCUACGUCACCGAGAGAGACGGCGCGCCUACCUUACACUACGACGUCGUUCACAGCGAUAAUAAAGGAACCAACGUUCAAGUCCCGUUACUGUCAGAGCAACAGAGUGGCAUGAGUGUAAACUCGAUGAAAGACACUCCUGUCUUAACCAACGAGCAUCUUGUCUACGUGUCGACUCACGAGAACUCCGGUAAGCCCAUGGCGAGUUGGGCCGCAGUCUACUCCACCGAGUUAAGAACUAAAGCGACUCAGCGUCUAACGCCUCCCGGAAUCGCUGAUUUCUCUCCGGCCGUGUCUCCGUCGGGGAAGUGGACCGCCGUGGCUUCCUACGGGGAGAAAGGUUGGAGUAUUGUGUCGAAGGAGCUUAGCACGGACAUCUACGUUUUCCUGACUGGAGACGGGACUCAGCGAGUCAAGGUGGUCGAGCUUGGAGGAUGGCCGAGAUGGACCGACGAGUCGACUCUUUAUUUCCACCGCAAAAGCGACGACGGUUGGAUCAGCGUGUACCGUGCGGUUUUACCCAAAACCGGACCGGUUUCAACCAAAACCGUAACGGUUACCCGAGUCACACCUUCUGGCAUUCACGCGUUCACACCAGCCACGUCACCAAACAACAACGACUUCAUCGCUGUUGCGACGAGGAGGCCCGAAUCGGAGAUCCGCCACGUGGAGCUUUUCGAUUUAAAGAAAAACGAGUUCGUCGAGCUGACUCGUCUCGUGUCUCCGAAGAGUCACCACUUCAACCCGUUUCUUUCCCCUGACUCGUCCCGAGUCGGGUACCAUAGCUGCAGAGGCGACAGAACGAAUCCUCACAAUCUCCUCCAGAGGCUCAAAACCACUCCGGAGGAUCUAUCUCUCUUCAGAUUCGACGGCGCGUUCCCGUCUCUCUCCCCCGAAGGCGAUCGUUUCGCGUUCGUCACGUUCACGGGAGUUUUCGUAGUGAACCAAGACGGUUCCGGUCUACGCCAGAUUCUCCCGCAGGUUGGAUUCGGAACGGUUUGGGAUCCGGUUCAACGCGGGAUCGUGUACACAAGCUCAGAUCCCAGUCUUAAUUUCACAGCUCCCGGCUUAGUAGGGACACAUAAAAUCAAUAUCCUCGCCGUUAACGUCGACGCACGAAACCCUUCAUCCGCCGUUAAAAAACUAACGACUGGCGGCCAAAACAACGCCUUCCCGUGGCCAUCACCCGACGGUAAACGCAUCGUGUUCCGGUCUGACCGCUCCGGUACGAAAAACCUUUACAUUAUGGACGCGGAGAAAGGUGAAGCCGGUGGUUUGUUCAGACUAACCAACGGUAACUGGAACGAUACGAUAGCCACUUGGUCUCCAGACAAUAACUGGAUCGUGUUCGCAUCGAACCGGGAAUAUAUUGGUACGCUGUUGAUGGAUUUGUAUGUGGUUCACCCGGACGGGACCGGUUUAAGGAAGGUGGCGCAAAACUUGACCGGUGGAGUUUCCAUGCAUCCCAUGUUUAGUCCAGAUAGUAAAAGAAUCGUGUUCACUACUACUUACGCUGGUAUCUCAGCAGAGCCUAUUGGUAAUCCGAAGUUUAACGUCGCGAGUAGUGAGAUUUUUACUGUGAAUUUGGAUGGUUCUGAUUUCAUGAGGCUCACGCACAACUCGGUUGAAGAUGGACCGCCUCUGUGGUUUCCGAAGAUCAAAGCUACUGGUGAUGUAGCAUGGCCCAAGAGGUUUGGGGCUAGCUGCGCUUUUGAAGAUUUCAAGUCGCAGAAUACGACCGUGAAAAUGAAUAAGCGGUCAUUGAUGUGUCCCUCACAAUAGUUUGUUAUUUAAUAACUUACUGUUUGAGUUGAUAACUUUGUUAUAGUGAUAUCUUAUAAAUGUAUUGGAAAUGAAUAAGGAAUAAUAUAGUAUUGUACUUUAAAUUU